ACUUAAACAUUCAUUGUUGUAAACACGUGUGUUAUGUGCACAUGUAUGCGGUUAGCUAUUGUGUUUUUUGGUGUAAUAGUUUUUUUUUAAGACGAUCAAUAUUUGUUAAAUAAUAAAUUCGUAUAGAAACAAUAUAUUAAAUAAAUUUGUUAAUUGUUUUAAAUUUGAAGAAAAAUAUUCAGUGGAAAAAAAAACUAGUCUUAUUAUAUUAAAACUAGUAUUUUAAAAGAAUUAGUCAAUAGUAUUGCUAUCAUAAAACUCAAUUAUGUCAACUGAACAAAAAGAAGAAAAAGACAUAAAAAUUUCAGCAGCCAAAGAAGACAAUUCAUCUCCAAAGGAAAACAAUUCACCAGAAUCUGAAUCAGCUCCUGGAUUACUGCUUCCUGAUGGGGAAAUAAAUUGGGACUGUCCUUGUUUAGAUGGAAUGGCAUCAGGACCCUGCGGUUCAGAGUUCAAAAAAUCUUUUUCUUGUAUGUUUACGUCCGUAGAAGGACAAAAUAAUGCGGAUUGCCUGGUAGCGAUUAAAACAUUAUUCUCAUGUAUGUCCAAAUAUCCUGACUACUAUCGCGACAAAGGUUUUUCCGAUGAAAUUUUGGAGAUGGAUGAACAGCCAGAAACAAAUUCAACGAAUGAUGAAAAAGACAGUGAAAAUAAUCUAAAAUAGUAUAUUGUUAAAAAUUAUUUAGUCAAUAUCGUUAUUAUAAUUAAAUAAAAAUUGUAUUUAAAAAAAUUUUAUUACUCGGGAAUUAAAAAAUAUUUCAAAAAUGAUAA